AUGAUGGCAUCCACCGACUCCUUCAUCCUUCACGACGACGUCUCUCCGUCCUCCGACAACGACGAUAUUGAUUCGCUGCCUUCAAUAUCCAGUAGCGUGCUGGACUCGGAAGAUGAAUCGGACGCGCAGGAGGAAUGGGAGCGCAGUCUCGAGCAGAUCCAAUUGCUGCUGACCAUGGUCAUUGUGCCAUUCGCCGGCAAAUACUUUGGCCGAAAGUUUGCGUAUUGGAGCUGGUCACGAUACAUGGAAUGGAUGCACAACGUCGAGGUGCGGUGGACGAACAAGCGCGGUUUCAAGGCCGCUGGUGCGGCAGAGGCUGCGGCGACAUUAUAA